AGCGUGGAGCCGGUGGCGGCCGAGCGGCGCCGCGGGCUGGAGUCCGGGGCUGGGCGGCGCCGCUGCUGCUCCGUGAUGGGCACGGCCGUGCUCCAGGAGUUGCAGCUGGAGCCUUUCUUGCCUCAAGAAGCAGAAUGAGUGUCGUGCAGCUCUGCCUUGAGAAGAAGGCAUCGAAGGUCUGCUGCUGAGCUCUCCUCGAGGUGUGUGGUAAAAAUGGUGCAGAAGUACCAGUCCCCAGUUCGAGUCUACAAAUACCCCUUUGAGCUCGUCAUGGCAGCGUACGAGAGGCGCUUCCCGACGUGCCCGCAGAUCCCGGUGUUCCUGGGCAGCGAGAUCCUGCACGAGUCCCGCAGCGAGGACGGAGCCAUCCACAUCGUGGAGCGCAGCUGCAAGCUCAACGUGGACGCUCCCAGACUGCUGAAGAAGAUGGCAGGGGUGGAGCAUGUCUUCUUCAUCCAGAGGAACACGGUCAACUGGCGGGAGAGGACGCUGCGUAUCGAGGCCCACAACGAGACCUUUGCCAACCGGGUAGUGGUCCUGGAGACCUGCAGCUACUCAGUUCACCCUGAGAAUGAGGAGUGGACCUGCUUUGAGCAGUCUGCAUCUCUGGACAUCAAAUCCUUCUUCGGCUUUGAGAGCACCGUGGAGAAGAUCGCCAUGAAGCAGUACACCUCCAACAUCAAAAGGGGCAAGGAAGUGAUCGAGCACUACCUGAAGGAGCUGAUCUCCCAGGGGAUCACCUUCAUCCCGCGCUGGACGCCUCCCCCAGUCAGCGCUGGGCAGGAGAAGGAGCAAACCCAGGCUGCUGGACACCAUCCUGCUGCUGAAGCAGUCGAGUCCGGGGCUCGUGGAAGCACCAAAGAGCAAAGUGGCAGCUGCUGCCCUGCGGCUGACGCUGUCAGCCCUGAUGCUGACAAGCUGGAUGCUGACUACAUCGAGCGCUACCUGGGCCAGCUGAGCCCCAUGCAGGAGAGCUGCCUGAUCCGCCUGCGCCAGUGGCUGCAGGAGACUCACAAAGGCAAGAUCCCCAAGGAUGAGCACAUCCUGCGCUUCCUGCGGGCUCGCGACUUCAACCUGGAGAAGGCUCGGGAGAUGCUGUGCCAGUCGCUGGCCUGGCGCAAGCAGUACCAGGUGGAUUACAUCCUGCAGUCCUGGAGGCCCCCAGCCCUGCUGGAGGAGUACUACACGGGAGGCUGGCACCACCAGGACAGAGAUGGAAGACCUCUCUACAUCCUGCGCCUGGGCCAGAUGGACACCAAGGGGCUGGUGAAGGCCCUGGGAGAGGAGGCCCUGCUCCGACACGUUCUGUCCAUUAAUGAGGAAGGACAGAAGAGGUGUGAGGAGAACACCAACACAUUUGGCCGCCCCAUCACGUCCUGGACGUGCCUGGUGGAUUUGGAAGGGCUAAACAUGAGGCAUCUGUGGCGGCCUGGAGUCAAGGCCCUGCUCAGGAUAAUCGAGGUUGUGGAGGACAACUACCCUGAAACCCUGGGGAGGCUGCUGAUAGUGAGAGCCCCCAGGGUCUUCCCCGUGCUCUGGACUCUGGUCAGCCCCUUCAUCAACGACAACACCAGGCAGAAGUUCCUCAUUUACAGUGGCAAUAACUACCAAGGGCCAGGGGGGCUGGUGGACUACGUGGACAAAGAUGUGAUUCCAGACUUCCUGGGAGGAGAAUGCAUGUGCACUGUCCCAGAAGGUGGCCUUGUCCCCAAGUCGCUGUACCAAACGGAGGAGGAGGAGCAGAACUUGGAUCACAUCCGCCUGUGGACAGAGACCAUCUACCAUUCUGCCACUGUGCCCAGGGGAGCUCCACACGAGAUAGUUGUGGAGAUUCUGGAAGGGGAAUCUGUCAUCACCUGGGACUUCGACAUCUUGAAGGGGGAUGUGGUCUUCAGCCUCUUCCACUCCAAACGAGCUCCUCAAACGGGUCACAAAGAGGCCGCAGUACCCAGCAGCUCUGCUGGCGGGGACAGCUGCCAGCUGAUCGACAAGAGCUGGGUGCUGGGGGUGGACUACAGCCGUGUGGAGUCCCCUCUGGUGUGCAGGGAGGGGGAGAGCAUCCAGGGCUCUCAUGUGACUCGCUGGCCUGGCUUCUACAUACUGCAGUGGAAGAUGCAUGCCCCCCUGCCCUGCUCCAGCAGCAGCCUGCCAAGGGUCGAUGAUGUCCUUGCCUCCCUGCAAGGCUCCAGUCACAAGUGCAAGCUCAUCUACUACUAUGAAGUGCUGGCAUCCAAGGACUUCAGGGGAUCCAUGUCAAGCCUGGAGUCUUGCACCAGCGGCUUCUCCCAGCUGAGUGGAGCCACCACAGCCUCCAGCCAGUCCCAGAGCAGCUCCCACCUCUCCAGAUAGCAGAGCCACGACCCCAGCAGGGAGGAGAAAUCGCUGGGGGGAGCUCCUGGCCACCCCCUGCCCUACUCUCUGCACCAAACCAAAGAUCCUCCAGGAGCUUCACCUCGAGGUGCUCCUUCUGCUGCUCGCGGGGAGCAGCUGCUUGGACACAGGGAGGCUGUGGGGAGCUGCUCAGAGUUCCCAAGGACUCAUCUGGGGGCUGCCAUCUCCUGUCACACGGUGCUGGUGUGGCAUGAACCCAUAUGUGACCUCCAAAGGGCUGGCUCCACUCAGAGCUAUUGCUGCAGGUGGUGGCUGAAGGAGGCUGAUCUUGCCUUACCUGGUCUGGUCUGCAGGCCUGGCUUGCUCACCUGGAGCAAACUCCUCUCCCUUCUCUACCUGCCCAGGCUGCCAGCUCCACACCAGGCAGUCCAGGGAGCACCUCAGGGGCAGGGACUGGAAGCCAACUGUAAAGAACCUUUCUACAACUGGGAUGUUGCAGGAAUCACCUCCAGCUCAACCCUAAAACCUCAUCAGCUCUCGACAGGACACGGGUAGGAACUGUGUGCCCUGAGGCACAGAGGGCAAAGUGGAUCUGGGGGGAGUGCAGGCAGAGGAGCUGCCUGCAGCAGCUUGCUCCUUCCUUCUCCCUCAGGGUUACAAGCAAUAAUGAGCAGAUCUGCCCCAGCUCAUCCCAGGGGCUGGAUCCAAUUCCCAAGGGCUAAGCAAAGCAAUAUUUUCUCUCCUGAAGGCACAACCUUCUCGAACUUGCUUCUCUGAAACCUGAGCUAACUUGAAAACCUUAACACACAGCAGCAAGCCUCUGCUGAAGCUCCUCCUGCAGCGCCAGCUGCUCAGAACUGCAUUUUUAACUUAUUGAUCAUUUCAGCAAUGAGUAUUUAUUAAACCCAGUCGUUUAAUGGGA